AAAACUGUCAACAAGUAUGGCGUUUGGUGUAAAGACGUGAUAAGGGUGUGUAAGGUUUUUGUGCGUUAGGGCAAAGAUGUCAAGAUUUAAAUUGGUAAAUUAUGAGUUAAUUUUUUUAAAAUAAUGGCUUUUGCAGUGAGGUUAUUUUUUUUGGUCUUGAUUUCUGGUUAUAUCAUUUAUGGUUUUGAAUGAGUAUCAACUAACAAGAAUGCAUGAUGCAUACGAACUUGCGCAGUUAUUGAAAUUAACUGUUCAUAUUGAAUCGAUUGCAGCUUAUGACGACAACCUGCUGAUAGGCACGCGCCAGGGCCACCUGCUGAUGUACCGAGUGGCGGGGCAGCACGGCGACCAGAGGCACGACGUGCAGCUGCUGCGCUACAACAAGACCUUCAGCAAGAAGCCCAUCCAGCAGCUGGACGUGGUCCCGGACUACCAGCUGCUGGUCAGCCUCGCAGAUAACGUGAUAUGCGUGCACGACAUCUCUGUCAUCAACUUCCCGUUGGUCACCGUGGUCCAGGAGUCGCGAGGGGCCACGCUCUUCACCCUCGACAUCAAGAGACACAAGUCGCUGACGGGGGAGACCUCCGUGACGGUGCGCAUGUGCGCGGUGGUGAAGCGGCGCCUGCAGCUCUACUACUGGAAGAACAACACCUUCCUGACGCUGCGCAAGGACCUGACCGUGCCGGACAUCCCCCGCGCCCUCGCCUGGUGCCAGGAGACCCUGUGCGUCGGCUUCAAGGGCGAGUACUCCCUGCUCCAGCUGUCCGGCGCGCAGCAAGACCUGUUCCCCACGGGCAAGCACCUGGAGCCCAGCAUCACCAAGCUGUCCGACGACACUUUCGCCCUCGGCAAGGACACGCAGUCCAUCUUCAUGGACACCAAGGGCAACCCCACGCAGAAGUACGCUGUCAAGUGGAGUGACGUGCCCGUCGACAUCGCGUACGACGAGCCGUACCUGGUGGCGGUGCUGCCCGAGGGCGUGGAGGUGCGCACCAUCGAGCCCAACCUGCCGAUCCAGGCGGUGGCCGCGGGCAAGGUGCGGCUGGCGUACCGCGCGCGCCAGGGCCUGGUGUACCUGGCCUCGACGGGGCAGGUGUGGUGCCUGCGCGCUCUGCCCCUCAGCCGCCAGAUACACGUGCUGCUGGAGGACAAGCAGUUCCAGCUGGCCCUCAAGCUGACGAAUAUAUCGGAUGAGUCUGAAGAAGAAAAGUCAAAGAACGUUUCUCAGAUUCAGACACUCUAUGCCUUUGACCUUUUCUACAACAAGCAGUUCCACGAGUCCAUGAAAGAGUUCCUUAAACUUGGGACAGACCCGUACGACGUGAUCCGGCUGUUCCCGGAGCUGCUGCCCCAGGAGGCGCGGCCCGCGCAGGACGCAGACCGCCCGCCCAGGCUGCAGGACCGCGACCUCGAGAACGGGCUGCUUGCGCUCAUCGAGUUCCUCACCGAGGUUCGGCACAAGUUGUUUGGAGAACCUAACAACAAGAAGAAUGCUCCUACGAAGAAGCCAGUAAACCUCAAUCACAAGUCCACACAGCAGCUGUUAUCUAUCAUCGAUACGACACUCCUGAAAUGUUACCUUCAGACGAACGACGCGCUGGUGGCCCCGCUGCUGCGGCUGAACCACUGCCACCUGCAGGAGACGGAGAAGACGCUGACGCGGCACCAGAAGUACAGCGAGCUCAUCAUCCUGUACCAGACGAAGGGGCUGCACCGCAAGGCCCUGGAGCUGCUCCGGCGGCAGGCGGACCAGCCCGAGUCGUGCCUGCGCGGCCACGACAAGACCGUGCAGUACCUGCAGCACCUGGGGAAGGAACACAUGAACCUAAUUUUUGACUUUGCCGGCUGGGUGCUGGAGAAGCAUCCGGAGGAAGGACUGAAAAUAUUCACGGAGGACAUCCAGGAGGUGGAGCAGCUUCCGCGGCCGCGCGUCCUCGACUUCUUGCUGAGGGCGCACAAGCACCUGGUCAUCCCGUACCUGGAACACGUGGUGAACGGCUGGGAGGACGCCAACCCCAUCUUCCACAACGCGCUGGUGCACCAGUACAGGGAGCGCGCGCAGCAGCUGCUGGCCAGCGACACGGCCGCGGAGCGCGAGGCCGGCCGGGAGGUGCGCAACCGGCUGCUCUUCUUCCUCGAGACCUCGGUCCACUACACGCCGGAGACCGUGCUGGUGCACUUCCCGCACAACUGUCUCUUUGAAGAGCGAGCCAUCAUCCUAGGAAGGCUUUGUCAGCACCGAGAGGCGUUGUCUAUAUACAUCAGUGUGCUCGGAGAUGUGGCGCGUGCCAUGGAGUACUGUGAUAAGGUGUACAAGCUGGGCUGCGCGGGCGCGGACGAGGUGUACGUAAUCCUCAUGCGGAUGCUGAUCUGCCCCGAGGACAACCGCUCGCUGGAGGUGCAGACGCCCGUGAAGAGGGAGCCCGACCUGGAGAUGGCUCUGCUGCUGCUGGAGCAGCACGCCAGCAAGAUCAACCCCAGCCUGGCGCUGGAGGUGCUACCGGACAAGGUGCCUCUGGUUCGCAUCAAGCACUUCCUGGAGACCAGCCUUCAGCACAAGCUGAACGAGAGGCGGAAAGCUGAAGUGCUGAAGGGCUUGCUGUACGCCGAACACCUGCAAGUUCAAGAACUCAGAAUGAGCUAUGAAUCUCAGUGCGUGGUUAUGACGGAGUUCAACAUUUGUCCUGUGUGCAAGAAGAGGUUUGGGAACCAAAGUGCUUUUGCUCGCUACCCAAAUGGAGACAUAGUUCACUAUUCCUGUCAGGAAAGAAGAGUAUCUUAGCCUGCAAAUUGAUUAGUGCGUGAGUGAAGAGCAACAGAUAUUGCUACCUGACUUCUGGAUAUCUGCUACGUCGGCAUCGCCUAGCGUUCCGGAGUGUAUUCAACUCAAGAUUGCUGUGGCGUGGCUCUCAAGAUGAUUCACUAAUGAGUCAGUGUACUUUUUUUUUUUUUGCUGUGAUCAUGGUGAGACAUUGUUUUUACAAACAUGAAAUUUUUUUUAGUUCACUGCUUUUUUAUGUUGGCUAGACUUUAUAUAAAGGUCGGACUAUUACAUUCUACAGUGCAAUACUUGACUCGUCCGUAUUAUUCUUAAGCGUAUGUAAUCAACUACGGAAAUACAUAGAUCUCCUUCUGUAAAGUUCCAAGGGAGAAUUGUAUUUAUAUGUUUAAUAUUUUAUAUGUAUUAUUUUUACUGUUGCAUACACAUCAUACAUUUUUUAAGUUGAA